CUGACGAGACGCUGAUUUGUUGCGCUGACAACAACCAGCUAGCUAGCUUUCUUCUUGACAAAAAAUACACUUUUAAAUUGUUGCGUGCCAUUUUAACUAGCUAGCUAACCGAGAUCAAAAUGACCACUAAAAAGAAGCGGACACCACAUUCACAAAACGACAGAUGGGUUGUUGUUGCAGCAGACUCUGCAGUGGAAACAUCAAAGAAAGAUGACAGUGACCCCACUUUCAUCCUGCUUAGGAACCCUUCAACAGAUGCAGCGUCUUUGUACCUGUUGGGCAGUGGUGAUGUGCAGCUGUAUGAGGUCAAAGCCUUCAAUGAGGACUUCCACUCCUGGUUCAUUGGCCAGACAGUACAGAGAGAUGGGAGACUUCUGUAUGUCACUCCAAUGGAUCCCCUCUACCUACUGUUGCCCUACUUGAUCAAAGCGGGUAAAGAGGGGAAGUUCCAGCCCGUGGACCAGGUAGUGAUGGACGAGGACUUCCCAGCAUGCACCAGGCUGCUGAGCUGCACACGCUCCCAGGCCUCCCUGCACCAUGUGGCUGAGGAGAAAGAGGUGGGCAGUCAGAAGUUUCAGCGCUACAGCCAGGAGAGGACCAUGGAAUGGUUAAAGAAAAAGGCUGAGAGGACAGUGAAGAUCCUCAGAAAGAGUAACAUCUCAGUGGGAGAGGGAGUAAAGUCCACGACGUAUGUCCGAGUCAAGCAGGAGUCAGAGACCCAGGAAGAGGACUACCUGCGGUAUGCCCAUGGCCUGAUAUCUGAGUACCUCAGUGAAGACCUAAGCAAAGCCCUCCUCAAGCAUCUCCAGUUACCUGAGCUCUCAAGUCCUAAGGAGGUGGAGCCUCCCUCAAAGAAGCGGAAACUGACUGACAAACCAUUGGAGGCAGGAGAGGACUACACCAAAUUCAACAGCUCCGAUUUCUCCCGCAAACCGCCCAAGAAGAUGAGUGCUGCACAGAAGACCCUGGCCAAGGUGGACAAAACAGGCAUGAAGAGCAUGUCUGCCUUCUUCAGCCCCAAGGGCAAGGCAGAGAAAAAAUGAAUGUUAGGAUGAUACAGCAGUUUGUGUGUCUGUCUGUUGGUCGGUGUGCGUGUCUACAGUGUGUGUCUUUGUCUGUCAGUCGAUGUGCGUGUCUACAGUGUGUGUCUUUGUCUGUCAGUCGAUGUGCGUGUCUACAGUGUGUGUCUUUGUCUGUCAGUCGAUGUGCGUGUCUACAGUGUGUGUCUUUGUCAGUCGAUGUGCGUGUCUACAGUGUGUGUCUUUGUCUGUCGGUCGGUGUGCGUGUCUACAGUGUGUGUCUUUGUCUGUCGGUCGGUGUGCGCAUCUACAGUGUGUCGGUCGGUGUGCGCAUCUACAGUGUGUCGGUCGGUGUGCGCAUCUACAGUGUGUGUGUGUCUGUCUGUUGGUCGGUGUGCGUGUCUACAGUGUGUGUCGGUGUGCGUGUCUAUAGUGUGUGUCUGUCAGUGUGUGCCGGUCGGUGUGUGUGUUGGUGUAGUGUAAUGUUUGUCGGUGUGAGUGUCUAGUGUGUGUGUGUGUCUGUCGGUCUGUGUGUCUACAGUGUGUGUGCACUGUGCUUUUGGUAAUAAAGAAAAUAACUAUU